AUGAGGGGCAACGUAAAAGCAGCCAUGGAGAUCUUCGAAAACCUUAUGAGACAUGAAGAGCUGAAGAUCAUUUUGUCGAAAGUUCAAGAAAUAGAGGGGGAAACUUGUGAGGUGGAUGUUAAAUCUCUAAAGACUUUAUUUGAGAAUGUGCCUGUUUGGAUUAGCAAACCAAUAAAAAAUAUGAAACACAGACAUUGUUCAAGAGCUGGCACAGAGACAGAGGGCUUAAGAGACGAUGUAGAGAGCAUGUCCUCUGUUGAGUCUGCAUUUGAGGACCUAGAGAAAGCAAGCAUGAACAUCAUCAAUUUAAAAGCACAGACAUUAGCUAAACUCUCAGAAAUAGAGGAAGCGAUUAAAAAAGCUCUGUACUCGGUCUCAGAUUUAAAGUCUGAGGCAGACAUUGCAGGGUUGUCAGGUCUGUUUAGUGAAUCCUUAAAUGCUGACAAUGUCUCGCCAAAUAAUAAAAACAUUAGGAAAAUUAGCAUUGUGUCCAGCAAAGCAAAACCUGUGCAAUCUAAACAGGUACAGGGCACUGAUAAUGCGGUACCACAUGUACAUCAAGUUCAAGUGGACAAACCAUGCUCAAAUGCCCCCUGCUCACCUUCAUUUAUUUUCAUUCUUUCUGCUGCAAGAAAACCUGUGGAGUCACCCACAUCCCUACAGCCUCACUCAGACAAACCAAAAGCAAAUGACCAACCUAAUGAAGGUAGUACCUUCAGACCAUCCUCCUCUGAGAAAAGCUCAGCCAGUCAUGUUUGUAGUCCUCCAAGUCCUAGAAGGAAAGUCAGCGUUCUUCAAGUACAGCGAGUUCCUGAGGUUGCAACUGGAAUCAUUGGCUCUAAAACUGUCAGUGAGAAAUAUGAAGAGAUAGACUGCUUUGGGAAUACUAACUUCUCUUCCAAAAGAUCUACAUUUGUUACCAGGCAGACCAAGAGUGAAUUAUCUGCCUCAUAUGAUGUAAUUACAAAUCCAGGGAGAUAUGAAGAAAUGGCCUCACCUGUUUUGCAAAGGUCUGGCCACCUUCUCCUCAGAUUCUCUGUCUAAAAACAAGGACAGAAAAGUGUUUGUUACUUUCGGUCAACCCAACACAGAAAAACAUUAACCUGGCUGCCCAUUUCAUUUUGUAGCAUUUUUGGUUGAUUUUUAGUUCCAUAUUUCUAUUUAAUAUAUAAAAAUGUUAUUUGUAUUGGUCCUCAUUUUAUAAGUGUGUACAAUAAAGAGUUUUAUUGUGAUGCUUUUUGUGAAGGGUUUUUGUACUGUCGCAAUUAAGUGUUAAUAAAUAUUUUUUCAAAUGCUGUAUAUUAAAAUUAUAUAUACUUACAAAGCAGUAUUUGUUAUAAUUAUUUUAUUACCAAGAAGAAAUUAUUAUUAUUAAAUUGUUUCUCUAAAACAGCAUGCUAUAACAAUUUUUAAUUUUUUUCCCAUAGGAGGAUCUUCAUGCUGUGUUAUAUCAUACAUAAACUCAUGUUCCAUGUAUGUCUAUAUUGUUGUCAUAGUUCCUGUCACCUGCUUAAGAGAUGUGCUCUGCGUGCCUGAUGCCUGUUUACCCAAUGGAGAAAAUGGUGGCAGAUAAACUAAUCCUACAUAGUAACUGUUUCUGCUGCAAACACUGUAAUAAAAAGCUGAGGUGAGAGAGAGA